AUGGCAGCUCCUGUGGCCGGCCGUGCCUUCGCUCGCUCUCUCGCUUCGUCGACUCUCACAAAAUGCAGCCGCCCACAAUGUCUGAAGCUCAGAGCUCAGCAAUCGGCGUUUAGACCAGCUAUUAGGAGCUUCAGCGUGAGCGCGAAAGUAUGGGCGAAGAAGUACACAGAGGACCACGAAUGGGUUGAGCUCUCCGCAGACGGCGAGACUGCCACCAUUGGUAUCUCAGACUACGCCGCGAAAGCCGUCGGCGAUGUCGUCUACGUCGAGCUCCCAUCAGCAGACCUCCAAGUCGCCAAAGGCGAGUCAAUCGGCGCAGUAGAGUCUGUCAAGUCUGCCUCCGACAUCAUGACCCCAAUCAGCGGUGUGAUCGUAGAGGCAAACAGCGUACUGGAAGAGAAGCCUAGCACAAUCAACGAGAGCCCCGAGCAGGACGGCUGGUUGGCCAAGAUCAAGGCCAGCAACGCAGAGGAGCUGGACACACUGAUGGAUGCAGAUGGUUACAGGAAGUUCACGGAGAAGGCAGACUCCAAGUAG